CCUUGUAUAGUUUGCCUCAUAUAGCAAUUAACCUAAGUGAAAAAAAUAAAAAAUAAAAUAAUAUACGGCACACGAAGGACACGAAAACAAAGUUAGCGACUCGGUCAUCUAAAGGACGAAACCUACUUCUGAUUUAGGAUGGGGAGGAGAAACUUCGAUUGUUUCUUUAUUGCAAAUCACUGUGGACAGUCAACCAACACGUCAUUUCCUAUUAUGUGACACAACUUCUACAUAAUAUUUCAAUCGUAUACUCGAAUUAUUCAUUUGAAAAUGGCUUUCCGAGCGCUUUACGUCGCCGUCUUUUUCGUCUUUCUUACUCUAAUUGUUGUGAUUAUAUCAUUUUCCACCCCGUCCUGGCUAGUUGCCGAUGGAAAAAAUCCUCAUCAAAAUUUUCACAAAAUAGGAUUAUGGGAAAUAUGUUAUAAUCGGGAAUACGAUGACUAUAACGAUUAUCAAUAUCAUAGAAGAUAUAGACACGACUACGGACCAUAUUCUUGCAAAUGGAUCUUCGAUGAAGAAUAUUACUUUUUCAGAGAUUUUAUUUUGCAACCAUUUUUUGUAGCGGUACAAGUAUUUUUCACUUUAGGAUUAAUAGCUUUAUUAGUAGCGGGGCUAUUGACGAUUAUUUUGUUGGUAUGUAUGCGUAGUGGGAAACAAGGGAUGGUUAUUGGAAUUGGCAUUAUAACACUAUUUGCAGCUAUAUGUUGCACUUUGGCCGUUAUCAUAUUUGGAGCUUUGGGUGACGGAAGAGACUGGAUGCCUUAUCCUGAUCACAAUUAUUUAUCUUGGUCAUUUGGAUUAGGUGUUUUGGGGGCCAUUUUGGCUUUUAUAACAGCAAUUUUAUUCUUUGCGGAUGCUCUACUCGUUAAACACAAGCAGAAACAUUCCACUCAACGCCAAUCCUACAGAAUGGAGCAAACCGAAGUGAAAAAUGUUAACCUUUGAUUUAACUUUUACAAAGAUAUUUUUAUAUUUUUAGCUAAAUCUUUCAAUUAUUUCUAUUUCACCAUAAUUUUAUAUAUAUAUAUACACUUACACUUCAUAUUUUAUAUAUUUCACCCAAUUUUGGCAUUCACUUUAUCACGCAAAAUGCAGCAUACAAUUGUGUAACAGGAGUGUAAAUAAACAUUAAUUCAUUCAUUUGUAU